AUGGAGGUCCAUACUGCAGGCUUGGUUGUAAUAGGAGAUGAAAUUUUACGUGGACAAAUCAUUGAUACAAACACAUCCUACUUGGCAAAACGUUUGCGAGAUUCUGGUAUCAAACUCCAGAAAGUAACAGUUAUUCCUGAUAUUGUAGAUGAAAUUGCAAAGACUGUAUGCGAUGCUUCCAAAGAGGUUUCUGUUGUAUUUACAUCUGGUGGUGUUGGUCCCACUCAUGAUGAUGUAACGUAUGAAGGUGUGGCUAAAGGUUUAGGAUUAAUACUUGAACCGCACGAAGAAUUAGUAGAUCUUCUCACAAAUCUCUUUCCCAAUGAAAAAGAAGCUCAACGUCUUGCCAUUGUACCAAGACCCUGUGAACUUAUUUAUAUUCCUUCACAAAGUAAGUGA